AUGUUGUCCACAUCCCUCCUCACAGUCGCCGCCCUCGCCGCCGGCGCCAAUGCCCACUUCCGUCUCCUCGCACCCACAUGGCGCGGUAGCUCCUUUGAAGAACCAGCUAGUCAAUGGAUCUACCCAUGCGCCAACGUAAAUGAAACAACCGACAUGGCGAACCGAACACUAUGGCCCCCAUCCGGCGGUUCCACAAUCAUAAACGGUUCGCACCCCUCCGCACUUACGUCCGUGAACCUCGCCCUCGGCAGCAACGCGACAAAUUUCAACAUCACCCUUUUGGAAAUGUUCAACCAAACCGGCCCAGGCAUCUUCUGCAUGAAAGAAACCGGGCGCGCCAACUUGGAAGAAGGGUUCAAAGCGGCGGGGUACAGUGGAAUGGAUGAUGAGAGGAUUAAUGGGUUGAUGGCGACGGUGCAAGUUAUUCAGUUGGGACAUAGUGGGGCGGCGUUGUAUAAUUGCGCGGAUAUCAUGUUCAACGCUACCGCGGAAUUGCUUUCGGAUGAUCAGUGCCAGAACGGAACGGAUGUUGGUGGCGUAGCAAUUGAGAAUGUGGCUUCUGGCACGGAAGAAGGCGGUGAUGCGGCAGCGUCACCUGCGCCAACUGGUGCGGCGGGCAGGCUUAGUCCUGUUGUGGGAAGCGGAAUGGUCGCGGCGGUUUUGGCUUGGGCGUUGCUGUAG